UUUACCGCGCCCAUUCUCUGCCGUUUGAUGGCCGGAGGAAGCGAUUGAGGUGUUAGUGAGAGCGAGCGAGUGAGAGAAAGAGGGAGGGAGGGAAAGAAAGAAAGAGGGAAGGAAGACAAGAAAGAAGGGGGAAUACCUGAAGAAUAUAAGUGCAUAUUGGAUACAUUUUUACAAGCCCCAACAAGACGAGCAUAUUCUGUACAUCAUUCGUAGGAAGUAGAUUUUUUUUAUAUUGGUCACUUCUUCUGUUUUUUUCUUUGUAAGCGGCGGUGGACCCUUCCUUCUUUUGCUUGGGGCUGUUGUAUGGAUAUUUUCCUACUUUGUAUACCUUGAUAAGCAGGACAACAAAUAAUAAUAACAAUCGAAACGAGGACGAAGUGUAUUGGGAGUGUCACGCCUCUGUUUUUCUCGAGUCUGUCUAUCUGUCUGGCGAGGACGGAGAAGCUGCGGGACAGACUCGAACCCCAGUCCAGACCCUUAACAUUGCAGGCUUUUCUCGUAGGCAAGUCUCCAGUCAAUGCUAAAGAAACAACGGACAUCCAGACGUAAGAUCUGUGAGUGUCCCGGUCAGAAACAUUAAGCCCCAUUUAACACGGAAAAAAUGAGUGAACUUGACCAAUUACGCCAAGAGGCCGAACAGCUGAAGAACCAGAUCAGACUUCAGAUUACAGCAAACAUCGAUCCAGUGGGUCGAAUUCAGAUGCGAACUAGAAGAACAUUGAGGGGUCAUCUGGCUAAAAUUUAUGCCAUGCACUGGGGUACUGACUCUCGGCUGUUGGUGAGUGCCUCACAGGAUGGUAAGCUGAUCAUUUGGGAUAGUUACACCACCAACAAGGUUCAUGCCAUUCCCUUACGCUCCUCCUGGGUCAUGACCUGUGCAUAUGCUCCAUCUGGCAACUAUGUAGCUUGUGGUGGACUUGAUAACAUUUGUUCAAUUUACAACCUUAAAACACGUGAAGGAAAUGUACGUGUAAGCCGUGAGCUGGCUGGGCACACAGGUUAUUUGUCCUGUUGUCGUUUUCUUGAUGAUAACCAGAUUGUAACUAGUUCAGGAGAUACCACAUGCGCCCUUUGGGAUAUUGAAACUGGCCAACAGACAACUACAUUUACUGGUCAUACUGGUGAUGUCAUGAGCCUAUCCCUUGCACCAGAUACAAGAUGCUUUGUGUCAGGAGCUUGUGAUGCCUCAGCCAAGCUUUGGGAUAUUAGAGAAGGAAUGUGUCGACAGACAUUUACUGGACAUGAAUCUGACAUUAAUGCAAUUUGUUUUUUUCCUAAUGGAAAUGCUUUUGCAACUGGGUCUGAUGAUGCUACCUGCAGACUCUUUGAUCUACGUGCUGACCAGGAACUGAUGGUUUAUUCUCACGACAAUAUCAUUUGUGGCAUCACAUCUGUAGCAUUUUCUAAAAGUGGUCGUUUGCUGCUAGCAGGAUAUGAUGAUUUCAACUGUAAUGUGUGGGAUGCCCUUAAAGCAGACCGUGCUGGUGUACUUGCUGGCCAUGAUAACAGAGUGAGCUGCUUGGGUGUAACUGAUGAUGGUAUGGCUGUUGCAACAGGGUCAUGGGACAGCUUCCUGAAGAUAUGGAACUAAAGUCUUCUGGUGAUGUUUGGACUCCAAAAUAACUGGAAAACGAUUCCAAAGUAAAGGAAAUCAUUGCAUAUCCAAUACUGUCGUACUGACUUGGACCCAGAAAAACUUCAAUAAGUCUUUUUCUCUCUGUAGACAGAAUAAAAGAGCACAAUUAUUUAUGACCUGAUAAAAGAUUUUCUGUGCUAUUUAACAAAACAUUCAGUGCAUUAAUUUGGGACCAUUUUCCAUUUUUUUUAGUCUCAAGAAACAAACACUAUCAUCCAUUGUACAAUACUUAAAACAUGAAAAGUCAUCAUGGAGUUACCUAACUUUUGUUAGUUCCAAAUCAAAUUAUGUUAGUGAACCUGUUGGCUUAUCUUAAACAUGAAAAUAAAAGCUUUGUUUAUCUUGGUCUAAAAAUUAGUCCUCUUUGUAGUUGUAUUUAAGUAAAACUUAAAACACUUGCCAUUUUAUAUGUUUCAUCAAGACAGAGUUAUAGACGUGAUUCAGGGUUGGCUGAUGCGGUAUGUGUAGUCAUUUACUUUGUUUUAAAUUCUUUUGUCAUGCAAAGAAGUCUUGUACCUAUAGAAAAUUCUGAAACUGUUACCAAGCCAAGCACAUACUGUUUAAGACUGAUCAGUGAUUGUUUUAAAUACACUUACUAAGUUUUAUAUUUCAUCAGUUUUAUUUUUGGUUAAUGUAUAAUAAUUGUGCAAACUCCUGAACUUGUGUACUGUUAUUUUUAUAUUUUUUGGAAGGUUAUUACAUUUGGAUGGGGUGGAGAAGUAUAAAUUACAAAUAAUUUUUGGCUGUUGUUUUGAUUUUGAUUUUUUCUUUUUUCAUAAAAAAAUCUUUGUUUCUCCCCAUGUCUCAUUUUAUUCUUUUACAGUUACCACUUUUAAGUAUUGCAGUCACACUUAUUCCCUGUGU